AUGGCGACCCUGAAUCUUCAUGAAGUUGAUAUGGGUGAAAAAAGACUAGAACACGGCCGGGUUGAGGAGGCAAAGCGUGUAUUCUACGAUACCGUGAAGCAUACAUGCCCCAACUUCGGCGUUUUCCCAUCGCUAAACGGGAUUCCUGAAGAUAACGGUUCUCCAGCAGAAGAUAGGAUACGGAACAAAUUGUACUCUGCAUUGGAUGGCUGGCCAGCCAUAAGGCUGAUGACAGCGUGCAACGGCCUGGGGAAGAGUUUCAUGAUGGACGGCGAUUUCGAGACGGCCCUCGCUUGGUUCGAAGAAGUCGACACAAUCUAUCGGAAUCAAUACUUCAGCCCUGAACAACCGAAACCUCUCUUUUCAUGGUUCGACCACAACCUCGAUUCUCCGGAUUUCAUUCUCCAACGCGUUACGGCGCUCGUCCUCUCAAGUCGCAUCUUCUUGUAUCUCGGAAACACAGCGACAGCUGGCCAACGAUACCACCAAGCACUCGACACCACGAAGAACCUCCGGAGCGCUCUUUACACGCCAGAAUAUCGCGCCCUCGUCAACAACAACAGGCUGAGAGAACACAUGCUCAUCCGCAACCCCGACCCCGCCUUCUGCCAUACUCUGAUGGUCAGCAACCCAAGGCUACAGGUCCUUGGAUCGUGGAAGAAGUUGGGCGAGAGGGACUUUGCUGGGAAAGGCCCUGGUGCGCGACUUCAAUUUUCGAGCUUUAUCUGGAAUAGCCACCUCUACGUCUUUGGAGGCACGAAGGAUAACCUCUACGGCCCGUGGCAUAAAGAUUUCUGGUGCAUAGACCUGCGGCAAUUCGAGGAAGGCGCUGGAGAGAGGGGUGCCAAGGGAGGGGAGCCUAGCGCCGAGGGGUCUGAGCCCAGCACCGUCAAAAAGAAACUGACGGGUGCCCAGAGGCGUGCAGCAGCCGCUGCCGCCGCUGCAGCUGCAGCUGGAAAGACUACGGAUACCUCCACGGGUGCCUCUUGGCGAGAACUGCCGUCAUAUCCACGGUCUCUGGCCUUCAACGGAGGACGGGCGACUUCCUUCGGGUUCGUCGUCCACCCAGGGCGCAAACGAGCCUACCUCAUCACGGGCAAACGCGAUGUCGACUUUUUCGAUCUCACCACGGAAAAAUGGGGCGUUAUUAACGCGUCGUAUAUUCCCACAUCUAACGAUCGCAAGGCAGGCGUCAAAGGCGACUGGAUAUUCCCUGGCUCAAAUAUUCUCAACGCCGGUCGCGCUAUCCAUGGCGACAAGAUCUACAUCUUCGGCGGAACCCACGGCACCACUCUCUUGGGAUGCAAUUUAUUGGUCGAACUCGAUCUGAAAACGGAGGUUUGGAAGAGGUUGUCGGGGUAUGUUGUUCCCCUUGAAGACGUCGCUGAUCACUCUCUACCGGAUCCUCGGGACUCUCCCUGCUGUUGGAUUGCCCCGGAGAUCGAAUAUCCGGAAUCCCUUAGAGGAACAGUUUCGGCGUCCAAAGGACAAGCCACGAAGGGCUCCCCAAGACUUUACAUUAUGUACGGUCAGAUCAAUCGGGAUGGCGCAAUCCUCAAGGGAGAGAAACACGGAGCAAAUAAAUCAUUCACUUACAACGACUUCUGGAGCUGGGAUCUGCAAAGGGGCGGGUGGAGGCGAGAAACCAUCGUUGGAAACCCGCCUGCUCAAAGAACGGAGAUGGGAUAUACCUACAACGAAAGGCUACACAAGGUGAUCCUCUUUGGCGGCUACACCAAUGCUGUCCCCAGUCGAGUAGAACCUCCAGGCUCGGCUGCCAAAGAGUUUGAUUUUACCUACUACGGCGACACAUUCAUGUUCGAUUACGACGGUGUGGGUCCCUCCGGUGCCCCUUCAGGGGCGUUUCCUGACCUGUUGGUGAAUUGCCGAGAACCCGCAACUGGCCACCAGCUGGCCCUCCCUUCGACCAAAGCUGAACAACCUCUCAACACACCAGCGGUUUCUGCCAACGAACCCAGCCUACCCGAAGCUCCUCCCAGUCUUUCCACCCAAGAAUACCCUCGUUGGCGCCAUGUCCUCACCCGCGGGUUCCCCACUUACCGUUGCCAACCUGCGCUUCACAGCGACCCGGACACUGGCAAAGUUUACCUUUACGGCGGGUUCACGACUUCAGAUUUCAUUCCGACCCGCAAGGCGUUUGCGACGCGUUCGUUUGGGGAUUUAUGGCAGCUGAGGAUCGACAUCGAGGGUGGGGAUUUUAGCCAAGUGGAUUUGGAGGAUGAGGCGAGGACGGCUAGGGCGGGUCCGUGGUUGAGGUGUUUCACGUGUGGGAAUGCAGGGAGGUGGAAGAAGUGUUCGGGACAGUGUAAAGGACUGGCCGGGUUUUGCGGAGUCGAGUGUCAGAAAGAGGGGUGGAAGGAACACAAGCGGAUUCACAAAUGCAGAAAGGUGUGA